AAUCUAAAUCAAACUAUAUAUAUAUCCUUCUUCUUUCUACCCUUUUAUCAUCAAGUUAACUAUAUUCUGAUCUUUUCAUUAAUUCAUUCAACUGAUCUGUGAAAUAAUAUAUUCUUUCGUUAUCCCGUUUUCAUUACGCUAGUCAAUUCAUCCACUUCACCCCAUCAAAACUAAAUUCCCCCCAACCCCCCUCCCUUAUAACACAUAUACCCUUCCAUAAUGGUCAAUACAAGACAACUCAGAGUAGUGGCAUUAGCUGCGUUUGUCCUUACUUUGAUCUUCAUCUUGUAUAACUCCAGUGUUGGAGAUUUAGUGGUUUCGGAAGGUUCUGACUCCACCAAUAUUAAUAAAUCUUCCGAUGAUCUUGAUUUAAGUUCGAUUAAUAAAUUAUCAACAACAAAUCAAAUUGUUUCACCAAAUGCGGUGGUUGAUUCUAAAAAGAAUAAUCCAAAUACCCCUAAUAAGAUUUCUAAUUUGAUUGAAUCGAAAAAUAAUGAUAAACAAGAUGAAGCUAUUAAUCAACAAAUUUCAAAAUUAGGUUCAUCAUCAUCAUCUUCAAGUAAUAUUGUCAUUGAUGAAGAAGAUGAAAUCAUCCCCGUUAAAGGUGGGGCCAGUUCUAAUACUGUUGGUAAAGGUAAAUCCUCCUCUUCAUCUUCAAAUGAUGUUGAAGAUAGUAAUGUUAAAAUUGUUGAUUCACCAUCAGUAUCUGCUGCUUCAGCUGCUUCAAGUCCAUCAGGUAAAUUCGAUCCUGCUAAAGCUUUAUUAGAAAUUAGAUCACUUGCUCCAAUGAUUAUCUUUUCCAAAACUUAUUGUCCAUACUCCAAACGUAUCAAGUCAUUAUUAGCUGAUAAUUAUGAUAUUUCUCCAAAAUAUUAUGUGGUUGAAUUAGAUAAACAUGUCAAUGGAGCUGAAUUACAAGCUCAUUUAGCUGAAGUUACCGGUAGAGCCACUGUACCUAAUGUUUUAGUAGGUGCAUCAUUAGAAAGUAGAGGUGGAGCUGAUGAUUUUAUUAAAUUACAUAAAGAUGGUUUAUUAGCUCAAUCAAUUCAAAAAUGGGGGUAAUUCAAAAAUAUCAGUUAAAAAGAAUAAUGCACCUUCAAAUGCUUAAGUAAAGGGUUAUUUUUAUAGAUUGAUUUACAAUGUCUUUUAUAUAUAUAUCAGUAAUACAAAUAUUUUUUAAAAAUGGAAACACUAUUACGAGUUUGACGAU